UAAAGUUAAAAAUUUGAUGAGCGGAUGAAUUUUGGGAUGAAGGUUAAGACCUGAGAAAAACUUAAAAAGAAAAGUUCUUAAAGAGAAAUUUACGUAUAAACUGUUAAUUAAAUAACGAAUUAAACAAUUAUAUUUAAGAAAAUGAGACUUUAUAAAGUGUUAAUUAUAAUUAACGUAUGUUUGAUGUACUUGAAUCACGUUAUUUAGAUAUUGAAGAUCUUUGAAUUGGACGAGGGUUAAGCACAAGACACAAGCUGUAUGUGCAUUACAACGAAACAAAUGAGAGAUAGAUUCAGGAUUUGAAAAUAUCACAAAAUCUUCACUUCAUGUAAGCAACAGAAAAUAAUGUCAACUUCUAGUAGUCUAAGUGUACCAGAGUUAAUGCUUCCUCCACCACAGCAGCCUCAAAUCAUUAAAGAAGGAUGGUUACAGAAAAGAGGUGAACACAUCAAAAAUUGGAGACCACGUUACUUUGUCUUAUUGGAUGAUGGGUCACUUAUUGGAUUUAAGAGCAAACCUGAACAUGGAUUUGCUGAUCCAUUAAAUAAUUUCACUGUUAGAGGCUGUCAACUAAUGAAGUCUGAUAGGCCAAAACCAUUUACUUUCAUGAUCAGAGGACUACAAUGGACCACGGUUAUAGAACGCACCUUCCAUGUUGAAUAUUAACAAGAAAGAGAUGAAUGGAUGCAGUCUAUUCAGUUUGUUGCUGAUAGAUUACAAGAUCAGGAUCAAGAUGUAGAGAUGUUAGAUCAAAGAAGAGAAGAUGAAUUUCGUGAUAGAUUUAAUAUUUCCACGCAUACAUAUUCAUCUAGAGGGAAAAAAAUUACUCUUGAUAAUUUUGAAUUUCUGAAAGUGCUUGGCAAAGGUACAUUUGGUAAAGUGAUUCUGUGCAGAGAGAAAGCUACCGGUCAAUUAUAUGCAAUAAAAGUUCUUAAAAAAGAAGUCAUAAUUGCAAAAGAUGAGGUUGCCCAUACUUUGACAGAGAACAGGGUUUUAAGAAACACUAAACAUCCUUUUCUUAUAUCUUUGAAGUAUUCAUUCCAGACUGCAGAUAGGCUAUGUUUUGUUAUGGAAUAUGUCAAUGGUGGAGAAUUAUUUUUUCAUCUGUCUCGAGAAAGAAUAUUCAGUGAAGAAAGAACAAAGUUUUAUGGAGGAGAAAUUCUUUUAGCAUUAGAUUAUCUUCAUACUCAAGGAAUCAUCUACAGAGAUCUAAAGUUAGAAAAUUUAUUACUAGACAAAGAUGGCCAUAUCAAGAUAGCUGAUUUUGGAUUAUGUAAAGAAGACAUCAGUUAUGGUGCCACCACAAAAACAUUUUGUGGAACACCAGAAUAUUUAGCACCAGAAGUUUUAGAAGAUACUGAUUAUGGUUUAGCUGUUGAUUGGUGGGGACUUGGAGUUGUUAUGUAUGAAAUGAUGUGUGGAAGACUACCAUUCUAUAAUCGAGAUCAUGAUAUAUUAUUUGAGUUGAUUCUUGUGGAAGAAGUCAAAUUUCCAAAAUCUCUUACUCCUGAUGCCAAAAAUCUUCUUAGUGGUUUACUAAUUAAAGACCCCAAGAAAAGGCUUGGUGGAGGUCCUGAUGAUGCAAAAGAGAUUAUGAUUCAUUCAUUUUUCAGAGGAAUGAAUUGGCAAGAUCUUUUAGAGAAAAAAGUAACACCACCAUUCAAACCACAAGUGACCAGUGAUACAGAUACAAGAUACUUUGAUCAAGAAUUUACAGGAGAGUCUGUAGAACUUACACCACCAGAUCAUGGACCUUUAAAUUCGAUAACCGAGGAGCUGGAACAACCAUAUUUCCAACAGUUUUCUUUUCAUGGCAGCUCCAGUGCUCUAGGGCGGAGUGUAGAUCAUUGCUGAGAUUUUGAGCCUUUUAGUCAGAGUCUAUGUAAUUUCAAAAUGGCAGCAAAAUGGCUAAUCACCCGAUAUCACUGAUUCUUACUGAAUCAAAAGAAAGCCAAAUUAGCUUGUCAUUUUCUUGUAGCCAAAUUGUACAGUGUUAAUACAGCACAAAGAAGAGGUGAGACUUUGUGCUGUUUUAUGUUUGAAAUCCUUUAAAGAUAUAGUACCAACAUAAUUUGGAAAGUUCCAAUGUACAACUCCAUGCUAGUCUCAAUGUUUGACAAAUACUAGUUUGACCACUCAUAACAAGCAAGCCUUCCAAAUAUUUGAAAAGAAUUUUUGUCAAUUAUCUCCUCUUGCUUGUGCAUAUUUUUGUACAUGAAACUGUAAAUACAAAUGUGCAUAUAAUCCAUAUCCUUCACACUAACACAGUCUCUGAUCGGAAAGAAUUGCACAAUAUACUUCGUUGUUUCGUAAUUGACCAGACUAUCAGAUUAAAAAACAAAAAUUAAAAGUUUGAGUAUCUGUUAAAGUUUUUUUUUUAAUUUUAUAGUUUUAAUUUCAGCAUUUUUACUUAAAAAUUUACUUAAAAUCUUUGUGUAAUUUUACCAUCAAACAGAGUGUUAAACAUUUGAAUGGUGGUUUAUUUUAAAUAAUUAUUAAAAUAAUAGAAAAUACAUUAAUAUAACAAAAAUAUAUAUAUAUAUAUAAAAAUAUAUAUUUUCAUUUUCCUAUUAAUUAAUUACUAGAUAAGUAAAUGUAUAUCUCAAGGCCAAAUUCUUUUUAACGUUAGAUCUACUUGCCGUCACUUCAAGAAGCACAGUUUACAGUUGUUUCUUUUUAAUUAAAAAUUUUUUUUUAACAAAAUUAACAUAAAUUUAUUACUUUUGAAAAUUCUCUAUUUAAAUUUUAUAUAAUUAUUAUUAAUAAAUUCUAUAUUUGUAUAAAAAUUGUUAAUUUCUUCUUCCUAAAUCAUUAACAUUUAUUCCUUGUGGUUUAACUUUUUAAACAAGAUCACUGCCUAUAUGUGUGAUUUAUAUUAUUGUUAUUUAAAACUCAUAACUUAGGUUAAUUAUGGCACGUGUAUAAAAUUUACAUCUUUUGAAUGUGUUUUGUUGAAUUCGAUCGGAAUUUGUGAAGAUGAAUGUUUGCCAUACUAAACUAGAAUGAAAGAUUUAUCAUUCUUUAAUUUUGAAUUAGUAUAUAUAUACAUAUCUGUAUAUUUUUCGUUUUCUUUUUUUUUCAAUAAGUUAAUUGAUAUUCUAUUAAAAUUAUGGGAAUAAAUUUACUAAUUUACUUUAUUUAAUGUAAAGUAGAGAAUCGCACCUAAAUGCAAAAUUUCCAGCAAAGAAACACUUAACUUCAAUGUUGGAAUGUUUUGAGCCACUAUUUUAUCGGCCCUCUUCGGGAAAUGUAAAACGAAAAAACUUUUAUAAAUAGAACGUAGCUGCCUUCUAAUUUUAAAAGUUGUUGUUUAUUAUUUUUUUCUCUUCAAACUUGCUGUUAUUAAUUUAAAUGGGAACGAAUAUCUUGCAGUGUUCGAUUUUGUUUCCAUUUAUUCAUUUAGAACAGGCAUGGCCAACAUACGGCCCGUCUAAUGAAUUUAUGCAGCCCACGAUUAAUCUUUCAAUAUUAGCUACUGAAGUCCGAAUAGCUCGAUGAAAAAUUCUGACGCCUAAAAACAAAAAGUGAACAACUCACUACAAAUCUCUAAGUACAGUGUAGAACGUUGAUAAUGCAUAAUAAUGUGAAAAAUGUAUCUGUAAUCUCUAUGUACAAUUUAGUCUCUACGGGGGACACCACAAUUAGAUCUCACACCACCUCAAAAGCUUCCCUAGGAAGAUUUUGGUUUGGCCCGUGAAAAAAGUUAUCUUUCCAAUUUGGCCAGGGGGCAAAAACUGUUGACCCUCCCUUGUUUUUGCACAUGAAGAGAUUUUUUUCUAAGCACUACUCCUGAUGCUCAAUUG